AUUAAGUAACAAUUUCCUAUGCGCGUCUCUCUAUAUCUUAUAGAGACUUUGUACAAAACUGUAUCUUCUUUAUCGCGUUAUUUUAAAACACGGAUACUUGAUGUCGCCCCAAUCGUCAUAGCUGUUACACUCGUUAGAAAUCAGCUGAUCGCUACAGGAACGUGUGUUGUGUGAUUUUAUUCGCAUGUGAUCGUGUUAAGCAAUAUUCUAAAGCGAAAAAUUCGAAGAAUUGAAACAGACGAAGUUCGAUUUAACACAACCUAUUGCAAUAACUAUGUUCGGUCGUGUAUUUAUGUCAAAUUUCCGUCAUAUAUCGCUCCUAUCCAGAGUAUGGAAUGGCCCUAAUAGAGCAUUGGCUGGUAAACAAGCUGAGCAAAAAAUGGUAGCAAUUUUAAAGAAUAAAUUUCCUCAAGCUAAACUUAUCGAAGUAAGCGAUGUGUCAGGAGGAUGCGGUGCGAUGUUUGAAAUAAAUGUGAUCGCUCCUGAAUUCAAGGGAUUGAAUACUAUAAAACAACAUCGAAUGAUUAAUGAAGCUCUAAAAGAAGAGAUCAAAGACAUGCACGGGUUACGGAUAUACACCAGUGUUCCUGAUUCUUAGACAUUCUUUAAUUCUUUAGAGAACUGCUUCUUAUACAUACAAUUAUAUGUUUAAGAUGUACAAAGUUUUGUAAAUUUUGCAUAUACCUAUAAGUUAAACUCCUGUUAUACAAAUACCAAAUAAAAGAAAC